AUGAGACACGUAAAAACGCUACACUCAGAGGCAGUUCUUGAGAAGUGGAGGAAGAAGCCAGAGCGUUGGUCUCUGCGACCCGCCGACUUUGAGGAUCGGUAUCACAAUACCAUUCCCAGCUUCGCCGCGAGCCCAGACCGAGACGCUGACCUUGACUCGAAGGCAAAUAGAAAAGUCUCGGAGCUGCAUGUUUUCCCUCCCCGCGGCCCUGCCAUCCGCUCGGGGUGGUGUCUCGGGAACCGGAGACGCAGCGCGGGGGCCAGCGCCCGCAGGACGGGGAGCGCCCGGGUGCGGCCCGGUGCCGGCGCCUGGCGCGGAGGCGCGCACACCCCUUUUCUGCAGACUCACAGCCCGGGGUGGGCUGCGUGCGUGUCUGGCCCCGCCGCCCCCUCUCUGCCCGGGCGGGAGCGGCUUCGCGGCGGGUUGCUGUUGGUUUCCAAGUUCCACGAGGUGUUUAAGAUAGAAGUGCUAAUGAAUGGAAGAAAACAUUUUGUUGAAAAAAGAUACAGCGAAUUUCAUGCCUUGCACAAAAAGCUUAAGAAAUGUAUAAAAACUCCAGAAAUCCCUUCUAAACAUGUUAGGAACUGGGUCCCCAAAGUCUUGGAGCAACGGCGACAAGGUUUGGAAACAUAUUUACAGGCUGUCAUUUUAGAGAAUGAAGAGCUCCCCAAGCUGUUCCUUGAUUUCCUAAACGUGCGGCACUUGCCCUCUCUACCAAAGGCAGAGAGUUGUGGAUCGUUUGAUGAGACAGAAUCUGAAGAAUCAAGCAAACUGUCCCACCAGCCGGUGCUGCUCUUCCUCAGGGACCCAUUCGUCUUGCCUGCAGCCAGCGAUUUUCCAAAUGUGGUUAUUGAAGGAGUUCUCCACGGGGUAUUUUACCCUCAUCUGCAGCCCAGGUAGAAAUCCUCCAUGGCUGGAAGGAGCUGAAGCAGGCUUCACGGAAAUCGAUGCCUACCAAAUUAACCUAAACUCUGUGACAUAGCAGCUCUAGCUAGUGGUCAAAUUCACAGCCCAGCUUAAUUCAGGGCAGGGACGUUUCCAUUAGAAUGGUGCUUUUAAAAAUAGAAACUGAACACACGCCCCCACCCCGGCGGUGCUGAGGUUGAGGCUGCAAGUUGAGGAGAUGGUAGCUGCCACUUUCGGAGCAGGUGAGAAGAAGGUUGUAGAAUGGCCCUUUGAGCACGGAGCGAAACCAGACGAAGUCACUCUCUGCUUAGGUUGCACCAUUUGCUAAUUGAACAUCUUAUCCUGGAACAUCUGGAGACUGAUCUGCUUUGGUAACUUGCUGUGGUUGCUGCUGUUCCGAUUUUAUGACACUCAUCUUUUCAUCAUGAGAUUUUCUCAGUCGGCGAUAGAUACAUUCUCAAGCGCCGGCGCCAGGGGAGUAUCACAGAAACGCCCUGUGCUAACUGUGAGGACGGAACUAAACUGGAAAUUGUGUUUUUCUGUCCACGUUAGGACAUGUUUUAAAAGUCAUGUCAUUUCUAUUUACAGUGCAGUAGCGUUGCGUCCUAGCUAGGGACUAGCUUCCAGUGUCAGUACCUAAAAUGAAAUGGAGUAUCCCGAUUAUCCCCGACCGCCCUUCAGGAAGACGCCGUCUUGAAAAUCUGUACAUCCAGCACAUUCGGGUUUUCUGCCAACGUCGGGAGAAAUGGCCGUUUCUUCCACUGAAGACCAGUGGGAAUUGUUAGUGUUUGUUUAGGACAAUUUUGUACACAACUACGUACCUUUUCACACUAGAAUGAGACUGAGUCCCUCAAGAUGCUUUCCAAGAGGCAGAUAUGACCUGACUCACUGAGGAGACACCAGAGUGACAAGCCUCGCUUCGAUUUCCUCAAGGUUCUUCCGCGUCAUCCAGGUUUCCUCGUUCGUUCAAUAAGUGGAGCUGUCACCAGAGUAGUCAUUUCCCGUUUCGUUUCCUUUUCACUGACCUCCUGUGUGGAGUCUGCGGAAGUUAAGUGUGUCUGUGACCCCCUCCGCUCGACAUCGCACACACGUUCAUAUCUGGAGGAGCAGAGGAUGAAAAUCAUACGCAAGCAUGAUGUCUGUGCGUAUUCAGGCAUUUCAUGGAAAACUAAUCAAGAGCUAGCCUAUUUAUGGUAAUUAAUUUUACUAAGCUGCUUUGUGGGGGACAAAUAUUUGGAUUCAAGAUGAAUAACUGAAUCAUGGUUUUUGGUUAGGAUUAUAUAUAUAGGUUUCAAGCCUGCUGCAAACGUUUAGGGAUACAUUUACAAUAGCUCUGUGACUUCAUGCUGGAAACAGGCAAGGACUAAAUAAUCAAGUGUCAUGAACCAAAAAUAACUGAAUGCUCAAGUGUUGGAGAUAUUUUUUAAAUAUUUCGUUGUUAGCUAUUUUGAGUUAAAUAAAAAUGAAGAACAAGAAAUAUU